AUGACUAUCAGAUCGGCUGCUCAAGAAUCAAUAGAAUCUUUCAAGAAAUCACCAUUAUCCUCGGAGGAAAUUGCAAGAAUUAAACAUGAAAUUGACACCAAAACCACUGGUCCUUCAAAUUUAAAACUUCUUGAUGUUGAAGUUGGAGUUGAUUCAAAUUAUAUCUUCAACACUUUACCAAAAGAAUCAUCAGAUGCAUUAUUCCCGGAUUUCUUACCAACAUGGGAUCCUUUUGAAAAAUAUGAACCUUUAGAAGAAUUCAAACAUGAAGAUCCUGGUCAUAAAGCUGAUCCUUAUUUACAAAAUUUAUUCCCCAAAACCAAUCAAUCAUUGCAAAAAACUGAUUUAACUCCUAACUUUGGUUCUGAAAUUGAUGGUUUACAAUUAUCUUCAUUAUCACCAAGAGCUAAAGAUGAUUUAGCUUUGUAUGUUGCUCAAAGAGGUGUUGUUAUUUUCAGAAAUCAAGAUUUAGCUUCAAAAGGCCCACAAUUUGCAACUGAAUUUGGUAAAUAUUUUGGUCCUCUACAUAUUCAUCCAACAAGUGGUGCACCAAAAGAUGCUCCAGCUUUACACCUGGUUUAUAGACCUAAAACAACAGAUCCACCUUCUAAAAAAAGAUUUGCAAAACAUACAAAUGGUUUAUUUUGGCAUACUGAUAUAACUUAUGAAAAACAACCAGCUGGUACAACUUUUUUAGCUUAUUUAGAAGGUCCUGAAAAUGGUGCUGGCUCUACAAUUUAUGUUGAUCAAGUACAAGCUUAUAAAAGGUUAUCACCUGAAUUUCAAUCAAUUUUGGAAAAAUUAAGUGCUUUACAUAAAAGGUUAGAACCAAUUUAUGAUGAAACAAAUGGUGAACCAUUUUUCAUUAGAAGAGAAGGUUAUGAUGGUUACGUUCAUCCAUUAGUUAGAAAACAUCCAGUUACUGGAGAAAAGUCAUUAUUUAUUAAUCAAUUAUUAACUUUAGAAAUUGUUGGUUUGAAAAAACAAGAAUCUGAUGCAAUUUUAAACUUUUUAUAUGACCAUUUGAAAUCAAGUGUUGACUUACAAAUCAAAACAACUUAUAAACCUGGAACAGUUGUUGUUUUUGAUAAUAGAGUUGUUGGUCAUACUUGGGUUUUCGAUUGGGAUGAUUCAAAACCUUCAAGACGUCAUUUAUUUAGAAUUACUCCAAGAGCUGAAGUUCCAAGUUUAUAG